CAUUCUCCUUUGACUAAUUCCGGAUAUUCUAUUCAUUCAAUUUUCUUUUAAAUAAUAUUUAUAUUCAAAUACGUCUAUGCGAACUUAUAAAAUGCAGAGGAUAAAAACGUGCGUAUUAACUCUUCAAGAAUGCACUUUCAUACUUUAAUUUUAUUUUAAUAACAUUAGACUUUAUAAUGUGUAUCAACAACAAUUAGAAACAGCAUUGAGAUUUUAUUGACAUCAAAGCAAAAUUUAGCAACGAUUUUACAUUCGCAUAUAUUGUCGCACAGUAGACAAACGUAGCAGUAAGGUUGGUACACUGUCAUGUGCAAAGUUACAUAACACUGGUACCGCAAACGCCUUCGUUUCAAUUCAUUUUUAAAAAAUGGCUGGCAUUACUCCACAGGCUUGUAGAAAUGUAUUCCGGCAAGUUAGAGGUUUACAUACCUCUGCUAGCCAAAAUGCAGCAGCCAGGAUAAAAACUUUUUCUGUAUAUCGUUGGAAUCCCGAUAAACCUGAUGAAAAACCAUAUAUGCAAGAUUACAAAGUAGAUCUAAACAGCUGUGGUCCUAUGGUUUUGGAUGCAUUAAUUAAAAUUAAAAAUGAGAUGGACCCUACAUUAACUUUUCGUCGUUCCUGCCGUGAAGGCAUUUGUGGUUCUUGUGCUAUGAACAUCGGUGGCACAAAUACUUUGGCAUGUAUUAGCAAAAUUGAUAGUAACUUAAGUUCAAGUAGCAAGAUCUAUCCUUUACCGCAUAUGUAUAUAGUAAAAGAUCUAGUCCCAGACCUGACAAAUUUUUAUAAUCAAUAUAAAAGUAUACAACCAUGGUUGCAACGUGGCGAUGGAAAGGAAGCUGGAUCCAAGCAAUACUUGCAGAGUGUUGAUGACCGUAAAAAAUUGGAUGGUCUCUACGAAUGCAUCUUGUGUGCUUGCUGCAGCACUUCUUGUCCAUCGUAUUGGUGGAAUGGUGAUAAGUACUUAGGACCUGCUGUACUUAUGCAAGCUUAUAGGUGGAUCAUUGAUUCACGAGAUAAUAAGGCAAAGGAACGUCUCAUGAAAUUGAAGGAUCCGUAUUCAGUGUAUCGUUGCCAUACUAUUAUGAACUGUACUCGUACUUGUCCAAAGGGAUUGAAUCCUGGAAAAGCAAUCGCGGAAAUAAAGAAACUGUUAGCUAAUAUUAGCGAGAAGCAGAAACCAGGACUUGAUGCUGCUGUAUAAGUAAGUAGAAUGAGAAAAAAAUUAGUCAACGAUAUGCAUACUUUGUCCAAUAUGGUUACUCAUAAACUUGAGUUUUAUCAAAUAAAAGUGUAUUGAAAAAAGUCACUUGCAACAUUUGAUAAAACAGUAUAUGCUGAAAAAACAUUUUUUAUGUAAUAAAUUGUAUAUUUCACAUAAUAUUAAUGUCUUUUACUAUAAAUAAAACUUGACUCCUUGAUACAGUAAAUAGGUACUUACAUUUAUAUUUGGAACUAUUUAUUUUAUGUACAUUGAUACACAAGGGAAAAUAUAUUAAAGUUGAUUGACUAAAUCCAGUAUAAUAUAUUACAUAUUGUAUAUUUUUGUGACAACUCGUAUUAAUAAUAUGAACAUGCUAAAACAUUUAACAAUUCUUCAAUGAGCAAAAUCUUUUUUGGAUAUGUAUUCAUUUGUUUCCUUAUAUUAAAAACAAAAUUGUACUAGUCGUAUUGAAUAAAAUUUUUAGUGUCAUCAAAAAUAUAUAGAUAUAUCGUGUUAACACUAAAAAUUCGUGCAUUAUAGUUGACAAUAAAAUCGUAGGAAAUCGUGCGGUCGUAAGGUACGUUAGACAACAUGUAGUAAUAUUUUAAUAUUUUCAAAAUGCUCAUGAAAUACGUAGAACUCAUGAUAUGUAUAGCUUAGAACUAUCUACAAAUUGUUUGAAACUUUUAAAGAUUAUAUAUAUGUGAUACAUAUAUAUAAUCUUUAUAUAUAUAUUUAUGGCUCUGCAGCCAUUCUGUUCCUAGCCGUUUCUCGUGAUCUAUUGUGUACUUCUGCUGUUCGUAAUGUUAUACCAAAUAUAUCUUCGUGAUAACGAUUCUCAUCCUAAAAGUAUUAAGAAGAAAUCAGACAGUUCAUAUAAAUUGUUUACAUAAUAAUUAUGUAGAACUUACACGUAGGGACAACAUGUAUGCUUCGACUUGUUGAUUUGUCAUUUCACCGUGUGUUUGUAUUAUUUGUUUUAAAGUUUGGUAAACAUCCUCUGCCAUUGUACAGUCACCACAUACGUAGAAGUGACCGCGUUCGUACAC